UUAACAUAAAACAAUAACAGUUUUAUUUGGGAUUCAGACAAAAUGAAAAACGGCAUACUACCUCUCUUGCUUUUAAUUUCUUUGACGCUAUCAUGGGGUAAACAAUAUUCCGAGCUAAUAGAUCCUUUUAGUAUGGUUCAAAAUCCAUGUAAUGAUAUACGCAAUGGCCAGUUUAUUUGUCAAGAUUGUGGCACUUUAGCUUUUUGUUUGCAACAAGGUGGCGACUGGACCACACUUAAAGUAAGCGAGUGCCAAACUGAACAUAAUUUGUAUUGUGACGAGGAGGCUCGUGGUUGUGUUUUUAAACAGACCUGCAAAGAGGGCAAUAGAGGUCCUAAAUUUGAAUGUCAAAAUUCUGGCAUCUUUCCCGAUCCAAAUGAUUGCAAAUAUUAUCAUGUAUGUGAUAAUAAGAAUGAAGGUGAACGUUUAAUAUGUCCCAGUGGUACUGCCUAUUCUCCAGCUAGCAAGACUUGUUCUCUAACCCCAGAAACUGACAUAUGUUUGAAGCCGCAGUAUGAGUGUAAAGAACUGGGACAAAUGGGUGCUUGGCCUACGGAUUCCAGCAUUUAUUAUGUGUGUCACGCUACAAAUAUGGGCGGCAAUGUAGUACGUUAUCCGGUAUUGUAUAGUUGUCAGAGCGGCUAUAUUUUUGUUAACAACAAAUGUGUUCCCUAUAUAUCUUCGACGGUGGCACCACCACCUGCACCAACUGCUGUACCAGAAAUUAAGACCUGCGAACGUGGUAGUGGUUUAACUCCAAAUCCCUAUGAUUGUUAUUCGUAUUUUGUUUGUGUUAAUGGUCUAUUGGUUUCGAACACCUGUCCUGCGGGCACCCAUUAUAAUGAUGAUAGAAAGAGUUGUAUUUUUGGAAAAUGUUGAUUUUUUUCUUAAUAAAUAAAAUCUUUUAAGUGCGAAAA